AUGAGAAUUGCAGUAUACAGUGCGCAAGAUUUUGAUAGAGAGACGUUCUGUAGGGCCAACAAAGACAAGGAGCACGAGUUUCUAUUCCACAAUGAAUUGCUGGAGGAGAGCACAACUUCGCUAGCCGAGAGUUGCGAGGGUGUGUGCAUUUUUGUGAAUGAUGAUGCAAACGCCAGAAUUAUUGGAAUGUUGGCUCUGAAAGGUGUUAAGCUUAUCGCUCUGCGUUGUACAGGUUACAACAAUGUGGAUCUGGAGGCUGCAGGUAAAUAUGGUAUCACUGUGGUUCACGUUCCUGAGUAUUCGCCUUAUGCAAUUGCGGAGUAUACCGUGGGACUGUUGCUUGCAAUCGUAAGGAAGAUCAAUCGGGCCUGGAUGAGAGUUAGACUAGAUAAUUUCAGUUUGAACGGGUUAGUCGGGCAGGAUCUGCACGGGAAAACAGUAGGUAUAGUCGGUACGGGGCGUAUUGGCGCUCUCGUUGCCAGGACUAUGAAACUGGGUUUCGACUGUAAUGUUGUAGCCAUGGAUGUCAAAAAGAAUCCGGAUGUAGAGGCAAUCGACAUUCCGUACGUUGAGCUGGAAGAGCUCAUCAGAACGUCGGAUAUUGUGUGUCUUCACUGUCCAAUGAAUAGCAAAACGCGUCAUCUCGUCAACAUGGAAACGAUCAAGUUGUUCAAAAAAGGGGCCACUCUCAUCAACACUAGUCGUGGUGGUCUAACUGAUGCAAAAACAUUGAUAUACGCAAUUGAAGAGGGUAUCCUGGGAGCUUUGGCAUUAGAUGUGUACGAAGAUGAAAAGGAUUUGUUCUUCAGGGAUUUUUCCAGUUAUGUUGUCAAGGAUGCUAAUUUUCAAAGAUUGACCGCGUUCCCUAAUGUCCUUUGUACGGGUCACCAAGCUUUUUUCACUACAGAGGCUCUGGAUUCCAUUGCAAAGACAACGUUAAUUAGUAUUAAGAAAUUUGAAGAAGAAGAAGACUUGCCAACGAAACUCGAAUACAAAGGAUAA